GGCGAGUAGACUGGGAGAGCUGUAGCCUUAGCCCGGUACCUUACUCCCGCACCAUGGCCAGGUUUGCCUUAACCAUCGUCAGACACGGGGAAACCCGAUACAACAAGGAGAAGCUGCUGCAAGGCCAAGGAAUAGAUGAACCGCUCUCGGAAAUAGGAUUUAAGCAGGCAGAUGCCGUGGGCAGGUUUCUGAGCAACGUCAGGUUCACUCAUGUUUUCUCAAGUGAUUUGAUACGGGCCAAACAAACAGCCUGUGCUAUCAUGGAAAAUAACAAGAUUAGUGAAGACAUUAAGAUUAUAUACGACCGCAGACUCCGGGAAAGGAAAUAUGGUGAUGCAGAGGGUCGGCCUUUGAGUGAACUAAAGGUGAUGGCAAAGAAAGCUGGAGAUCAGUGUCCUUCUUAUACCCCACCAGGAGGAGAGACCCUAGAGCAGGUCAGAGCUCGCGCCAAGGACUUUUUCGAAUAUCUUUGCCGGUUGGUGUUGGAGGAGUCUUCUGCAAAGGAGCAGUCAGAAUUAGGUGCCUCGGGAAUGGGUGGGGUCACAUCGGCAGACCUUGGCCCUUUUGUGAAUCACAAUAAGGAACCUAGAGAAUUAGGGGAAAGCAGAGAUGUUACUGUACAUGCCAGUGUCCUGUUGGUAAGCCAUGGGGCAUACAUGCGCAACUGGAUCAAGUAUUUGGUUGAAGACCUACAGUUCACUUUCCCACCGGAGCUGAAGAAGUCUCGGGAACUUCCCGUAAGCCCCAACACGGGAAUAAGCCAUUUCAUUGUCACUGUUUCAUCAGCAACACCUAGGAAACCUGAGAUCCAAUGUGUGUGUAUCAAUCUCCACAGUCACCUGUCCGACAUCAACGCGGACACCAGCCAUUACCAAGUAUGAUCGGCACCGACAGAGUAAUCUGGCACCCUUAGCUGAAAUAUUAGUUACCAGUUUGCUCUCAGAAUUACCUUUUAGUAUGAUUAGACAGUGACAGAAGUUUGGAUUAUCAGCAGGUAGAUGGUUGCUAGGGUCCAAUUGACCCUAGCAACCGGGCAGUGGUUUGAAUGAGAGCCUGAAGAGAAGAAAUAAAAAGGAACAAUGCAAAUAAAACUGUAGCCUCAAUGGUUUUCCGGCUAAUAGGGCAUUUGGUAACAUCCUAAACGUUACACGAAGCAUGUUAAAUAUCAGAUACAUCGGCACGAUGGCAGAGAGAUGCACUCACGUUUCCACACUUACCUAAUCCUUUGUUACUUCACUCGUGUUGGCAGCAAAAACAGUUCAGUUUAACAACGAGUUGACCUUUAAAUGAACAUAUAAGUCAUGAAAGUUCAGUUGCCUCCUCCAUCUGUGCUUAUGGGAAUCAAUUGCAUUGUUGAAAGGAGAAAUGAGCCUCCAACUUUACUUCCCAGCUCUCCAGUAUAUGUGCUGCUCCAACAGAACACGGACUGUGAGCUCUGUGAAUGAAUGAAUACAUAUGUAUAAUGGGACAGUCUCUCUCUAUCCCUCCAAUCAUGUGGACUUAAGCCUCUACAUAUGCUCAGUGCGUCACUGCCAUACAAGCUUUUUGCCUUUGCCAAUAGAAUUAAAUCCAGUGUUGGUAUUGGUAAGGUAUCUCCUGCCUUUCUGUGGUCAACUCUACAUACUGAAAUGAAAAUACUGUGUUUGCUUUUUUUGCCCAACAUUUUUCAGAUUAUUGUGUUUUCCAGGCAGCAAGGAUGUAGCAGCGAGUGUUGGUAACUUAUAGUGUAUUGUGUGGUUAUUAACUGAGGUUAUUAAUGUGUUUACAGUUUAUUUCUCUAUUUAUUUAGUAACUGAAGGCUUGGUCACAGAUUACAGUUUAUUUCUCUAUUUAUUUAGUAACUGAAGGCUUGGUCGCUUCAGAUAAAGGUUUAGGAACAGCGAUGAGCUAAGUCCGAGUAAGGGUGGCCAUACACCUUCAUUGUACAAUGACAAUUACAAUGACAUUCGGCACCCCCCAGUGGUUGUAACUUCUAACAUGCAUUGAUGAUCAUAGAGCUUUUUAGAACUUGCCAAAUUGAAUGAAACAAUCAGCGUGUUUGGCCAGAAUGAGAGCUCCUGCUUUAAAAGUGGCCUUGGCUGGUACAGAAGCACGAGACAUAAGGUAUAGCAUUUUUAUCCUAAUUCUUUUUUCUUUUUAGAACUUAUCCGACCCUGCUACUUGCUCAUGACAUCUCUUUUCCCAAUGCUCAUGCAGCCAAGAUUGUGGAGUGGAGCAAGGAGCUGAUUGGCUGGAACGCAAAAUGAAUAUCAUCUAUAAUUAGUUUCAAGUGAUACCAAUAGUAAGAACGUAGAAUGUGUCGGUAUCACAUUAAAUGUCAAGCCGUUUGCAGCCAAGUGAUGUGUUGAUAUGUACAGCUGGGCAGGAAAGGUAAAUAAUUGCCCCCUGCGGAUUCUGCAAGAGAGGUUCCCAAUAUCUGUACCAUUAGUGUUUGAUAUAUCCAGCAUUUUUUCAUUGAAAGACAAAUACAUUGAUGUCUUCUUUCACAUUUAACAGCUACCAAUCCUGCAUGACUGUUCGACUUACUCUGUAAAUAAAGGAAUAACAUGUAUUUAAUGGGCAUUGAA